AUGGCAUUAUCAAAGCCUAUUAUGAAUUUUGUAGCUUCGUAUAUACAAAAUUUAUAUUUGCAUCCUAUUAAAACAAAGUCUAUUACCAGUUGUGUCGUCGGCACCGCUGGAAGUAUCGCAUCACAAUUAGUAGCUGGUGAAAAAAUAAGAUUGGAUCCUAUUUUAGCAUUUGGUUUAUAUGGGUUACUAUUUGGUGGGACCAUACCCCACUACUUCUAUGACUUUGUAGAAAGAGUUUUUCCACAUGAGACAACAGCGUUCCCGUUAGCUAAGAAACUUCUAUUUGAACGACUAAUCUUUGCACCAUUGAUGCAAGCUUUUUCUCUAUACACUUUAGCAAGACUUGAAGGCAAGAACCAUGUAGCUGCAUUAAAACAAUUGAAUGCUCUAUAUUGCACUGUCUUGGAAGCAAAUUGGAAAUGGCUUACAUUGUUUCAGAUUAUCAACUUGGCAUUUAUCCCACCCAUACUCCGAGUGUUGUUCAUGAAUUUUGUUGGCUUUGGUUGGGCCAUGUUUCUUGCUUCCAAGAGACGGCAACAAAGCCAGAAGAAGGAA